AUGCUGCGAAAACUUCUUUCUUUCGCCCUGGCAGGGCUGUUGAUUCCCUGGGCUACUGCAGUCCCAACAGCAACACACUCGUCUCCAACUCCCUCCAUUACAACAACUGCCACUGACAAGCUAGUCUUCUGUCAUUUCAUGAUCGGCAUCACAAGCAACCGCAACAGCGCAAAUGACUACGACGACGACAUGAAACGCGCCAAAGCACUAGGCAUCGACGCCUUCGCGCUCAACAUCGGCGUAGACCCCUACACAGACACGCAGCUCAACUUCGCCUACGAGUCCGCCGCCAGAAACGGCAUGAAGGUGUUCAUAUCCUUCGACUUUAACUGGUACAACACGGGCCAGGGCAGCACAGUCGGCGCCAAGGUCAAGCAGUAUGCGAGUCUGCCUGCGCAGCUGAAAGUCGACGGCAAGGUAUUUGUGUCAAGCUUUGCGGGCGACGGCGUCGAUGUCAAUGCGAUCAAGUCUGCUGCGGGACAGGAUCUGUUCUUUGCGCCGAAUUUCCAUCCCGGCACGGGUGAUUUCAGCGCUGUACAGGGCGCUCUGAAUUGGAUGGCUUGGCCGAAUAAUGGGGAUAAUAAGGCUCCCACGCCCAGUCAAAAUAUCUCUGUUGCGGAUGGGGAUCAGGCGUAUAUUAAUGCGUUGCAGGGGAAACCCUAUAUUGCACGUAAGUCUUCCACCCUCUUUUAUGAUGGAUAUCAGCCUAAUAGAUUGUUGUUUGUCAAAGCCGCUUCGGCAUGGUUCUCGACUCAUUUCGGCGCCGAAGUCUCCUACAGCAAGAACUGGGUCUUCCCCUCAGAUCUGCUCUGGUACGACCGCUGGCGCGACAUCCUCAAGCUGAGCCCGCGCUUCGUCGAGAUCAUCACCUGGAACGACUACGGCGAGUCGCACUAUAUCGGCCCGUUGUCCUCGCCGCACACAGACGACGGGGCGUCCAAAUGGGUGAUGGACAUGCCCCAUGAUGGAUGGCUGCAGAUGUCCAAACCAUUCAUUGCAGCAUACAAGGCCGGGGACUCGUCUCCCCUGAAAUACAUCACCAACGAGGAGCUGGUGUACUGGUACCGGCCGACGCCCAAGAACGUCAACUGCGACUCCACCGACACCACGACCGAGGGCAACCCGAACAACAGCAGCGGGAACUUCUUCCGCGGCCGACCCAACGGGGCGGACUCGAUGGCCGACGCGGUGUUUGUGGUUUCUUUGCUUCAGACCCCCGCGAACGUCGUGGUGCAAUCCGGUAACCAGGCGCCCGUAACUUUCGCCGCGCCCGCGGGGAUCAAUGCCUUCACGGUGCCAAUGGGGGUUGGGGCGCAGAAAUUUGCCGUCACGCGCGGCAAUAACCAGACGGUGCUGGCGGGCACGAGCCUCAAGAACAUCGUGGACUCGUGCAUUUGCGGGAUUUACAACUUCAACGCCUAUGUGGGGACACUCCCCGCGCCGGCGGCGAUCGACCGACUCCAGCCGGCUGGGCUAGCCAGCCUGUCGGAGGGCUUGCGGGCGCCCUGCCCGACGAACACGUUGGGGGCGUAG